UUUUUUCUAAUUGAAUCAUACUCAGGUUUUGUGGUGCUGGGCAGAUAUAAAGCACCACGCACAUGUUUGGUCAGUACCGACAUUUAUGAUUCAGACGAGCUGUGAACGUGUGACGUGUCACGAGUGACGCAGCCCCGACGUACGACGUCGCCGUAUCAUAGCAACGGGUCUAUACAAGCGUCUGUCAGGAGAAGAUGUCGACGCAGAGAGAGAAAGACGCCGCUGAUUACCUCCAGAAGCACAAAAUCAUCGAGCUGAUGGAAAGCCUGACCAGCAUGCUCUUCUUCCACAGGCCGGAGAAUCCCAGAGAGUUUCUUAUUCAGCAGCUGGAGCAGUUGAAGAGGGCUCAGCAGGGCGGCUGUGAAGCACCAAAUCUGUUUGACGACUCAAACCUGGACGCAGUGUUCGGGAUUCUGGACAUUGCUGAUGAGAAAUACAUCACAUUCGCCCAGUAUCAGCAGGCUCUGACCACGCUGGGAAUAAAAAACAUCAAUGAAUGUCCUGAAGGUGUCAAUGAAGACAAAAUAUCUCGUGAGACGUUUAAACAAGAAGCGAUGCGAGGUCUGAAGAAAUACUCAGAGACAUAUGCACCACUCUGA